AUGGACAAACCAGACGGCCAUGACGACGGCGUCGGUUUCAGCCCCUCAAUCGCGGAAUCUGUGAAAUCUAGCCACUCGUCCGUGGUUCAAACACUGGGUCCUGCUUCCUUUAUCACUGUUAGCACAGAGGUAACUGGCCAUGACGUUCUCCUCCGAGAGCCCAGACUCGCCAAUCAGUCUUCUUGUUCCGACCCCUAUACAGCCUUUGUCUCCAUCCUGGAUUUCCCCUCCAAGCCCAACAAUGCAGAUGCCUGGAGAGCUCCUGAAGCCUGGAACUACAACCCUCCCGAUUCCAUGUCAACCACUUCCAAGGGCUUAAGACGGCUCGAUUUCCACAACGAUAUUGGAGAUGACAACUCUAUGGCCCUCGAUCUGCACGGAAUGGGUCGGGAGAUUGAGAUGAUGGCAGCCGCAGACCCCACGAUCAUCCUGCAACGGCUUCGUGAAGUCUGGGGGUUCUAA